UCUUCAUUCCCUCUCUGUGAAGCUGCCGAUCAUGGACUCCAACACAGUGGUGGAAAACAUCUACCUGCUGGUCGUCGUCACCCUCGUCAGCGUUCUGCAGAAUGCAUUCUUUGCACAGAAGGUAGAGAGAGAAUCCCACACCCACACGCCUUGCACUGACCGAGUGUCUUGUGCCAAUCGUAACUGCAUGGACGCAUACCCGACCUUCCUGGCAGUGAUGUGGUGUGCCGGCCUUUGUCUCAGUCAAGCUCCUGCUGCCUUCGCCGGCAUCAUCUACCUUCUCGUGAGGCAGAAGUAUUUUGUGGGAUACUUGGGACAAACAUCUCAAAGCACUCCAGGCUACCUUUUUGGAAAGCGCAUCAUCUUCUUUCUCUUCAUGAUGUGCGUCGUGGGGAUCUUCAACCACCUGCUGUGGCGUUACUAUGGCAGCGACUACAAAGAAUACGUACAGACCAUCACCAGCGCCGCAUCUACUCUUCUCCUCAUCCCAUAGUCCAGUGUGUGUGUGUGAAGCAUUGAAACAGUCUUGAUAAUACUUUAUUUUGUAAGAACGUAGAAAACCCAUUGACCCAUUCAACCCUUAAUACAAUAAAAUGGCUGCAAAUCAUCACA